AAAGGCCCCUCCCGGACAAUGGCGGACGGACGCUCUCAGGUGUAACGUCUGACAAGGAGAAGUCAUGGUGCAUCUCUCUCCAUUGCUGCUGAAACGCUACCACAAAGGGUUUGUGGCUAUCCGGCUGGCGUUGGGCGGGUGCACCAAUCGGCCCUUCUACCGGAUCGUGGCAGCACACAACAAGCGAGCUCGGGAUGGCAAGUACCUGGAGCAGUUGGGCUCGUACGAUCCAAUGCCCAAUGUCUUUGCCGAGAAGCUGGUCAGUUUCAAUUUUGAGAGGCUUCGUUACUGGAUGGCGUGUGGAGCUCAAUUGACUAAACCGGUGGCCAAACUUCUAGGCCUAGCUGGGUUUUUCCCACUGCAUCCUAUGACUGUCACCACGGCAGAGAGACUGCUGAGACUGCGAGCACACACUGUUCCCACAGAGCCUGCAGAGGAGGUGGGAACGGCAGAUUCCAAGGAUGUGGCCUAGGGGACAGUGACCCUGAGACAGCACCUGCACGGCAGCUACAACUUGGAAUUCUAUAAAAGAAACAUUUGUAAAGUGCAUCGAAUUAGGACAGAACAAAUGGAAUUAUUCAUUAAUUCACAGCAUCACAGUCCACAGUUUGCUCCUGCCUGACUAUGCUGGGCUGCGGAGGGCAGUUCUGACCCUCCUGGUAACCAGCUCUCUUUUCCACCUCUUUUCCCUCUUCAACUCGAGGCAGCUGGACAUCUGCCCGGGGGAUUUUAAAGAAUAUUUCCAUAUAAAUGCUGAGCUGUUGACCCAGCCAUCUCCUGUCCUCGCCCCCAGUGUAAUUGUGCCUGUUUAUCUUGAUGCCUGUAAAUAUAAAAUUGGAUGGUGGCAACUGACCUUGGUCCUGAGAGCAGGGAAAUGAAACUCCCCCGGCCUCUGCUCAGCACAGACCAGUGGCACCCUGCAGUAUUUAAUCACUGGUGUCUGGGCAAUCUGGGAUCAAGGGCCGGGAUUCGAGUUCUUUGCCGCCGUCUGUGGCAUUGAGCAGCCCCCAGUCUCCGAACUACUACAGUUGGCCCCCUUGAGAGAGAGAUUUCUGCUUUGUUGGGAGUGAGCCGCAGCCGAUAAUAAAUGUGGAAAUGUUCUG